UUCCUCACCGCCUCCACAUUACCAUACCCCCCUUUAAAGACUAUUGCACGCAUGAAAUUGCUUUUCAUUUCCGCGCAGAGUCAAGUCAUGAGAUUGGGGAAUUAUGCGGGUUUCUCUUUUUUGUUCCUCUUUCUGCUGCCAUGCUAUGGUAAUUGUGUCAUAAUAACACGUCCGUCGCUGUAGGGAAUGCGCUGGUUUGCACCAGCAGAGAUCAAGUUGCACUAGUUGAAACGUUGGUGGAGGAGAAUUAAGCUUUAGGAUAUCGUAUGACCUAUGCAGGACUGUCUGGAGGAAGCUGAUCGGAUUCCUGCGUCCAGGAGGAAACACAUCCACUCAUCUCCGGUCGAUGUGAAAUGACUUGCCACUGAAAUAAAGAGACCUUGGGCAGAUCUAUACAUAAACUGGUACCAGCCGCACCAUUGGCAGCAGACGAGGGGGGAUUCGUGCCUCCUCUCCUCUCCUUUUCCUCUCUUCUCCUCCGCGGAGCCAGUGCGCAUGCAUGGAUGAAAGUCACAGUUAAAAUGCAUGCGGCAAGUCUCGUCUGAUGUGUGGGAUUACACCGCGUCUCCAUUCGCUCCUCUUUUCCUCUUGACCAUGUUCGAACUUUGGUUCUGGCUCUUUUUCCGAGAUGACACUGCCGAUUUCUGGAAGCAAACAUCAGAAGUCCGCUGUGCCGCGCUCGCUGCCGCGUUGUCGGCGUGAAUGAGACUGUGUCAUCGAUGACUGGUUUAUGGAGCUAAACACUGAGGAGACUUGACUUUAAGGAUUCCUUUUUUUAUGAUUUGUAUUUUGAGUAACAUUUUUAUCAGCCGACAGAAGGAAGGAAGGAGGACGGGAGGGUGUUUGUCACUGAGGCUGGAGAAAAGAGAAAAGGGCACAGUCGUGUUUUUCGGGAUGCUUUGGCGUUCACCGGGAUCUGCACGAUGACUCCUCACAUUGGUACCACACUUGAGUGAGCUGGGGCAUCCUCUCCCAGGAAAAAUGCAUAUCUGGAUCCCAAACAUAAUCCUUCUGAUUGCAUCAUCUCUGAGGCUGGUUGAGAUGUAUGACAAUUAUGGGGAAAUCUGUCGCAAUCUGUGCACGUGUGAGGAGAAGGAAGGGAUCCUGACGGUGAGCUGCGAGAACCGGGGCAUCAUCAGACUCACUGAGAUCAGCCCUGUCCAUUUCUCCACGUACCACCUUCUGCUGACGGGGAACCUCCUGAAGAAGCUGUCAGUAAAUGAUUUCAUCAAUUACACUGGGGUGACCAUUCUGCACCUGGGGAACAAUGACAUCUCUGAGAUAGAGUCAGGUGCCUUCAAUGGUCUCCAGGGAUUAAAAAGAUUGCACCUGAAUAACAACAAGAUUGAAGUCCUUAGGGAUGACACUUUUGCAGGACUGGAGAGUUUGGAAUAUCUACAGAUUGAUUAUAAUUACAUCACCAAUAUAGAAUCCAAUGCCUUGAGCAAACUGCACCAACUGACAGUGAUGAUUUUGAAUGACAACCUGCUCUCAGCCCUGCCUCCAAACAUCUUUCGGAAUGUUCCCCUUACGCACUUGGACCUGAGGGGGAACCGGUUAAAAAUGUUCCCCUACAUUGGCCUCCUGGAGCACAUGGACAAAGUUGUGGAAUUACAGCUGGAGGAGAAUCCGUGGAAUUGCUCCUGUGAGCUCAUCGCUCUAAAGGCCUGGCUGGAGAGUAUAGCAUAUACAGCUCUUGUGGGGGAGGUGGUGUGCGAGACACCAUUCCGGCUCCAUGGUCGGGACCUGGAUGAGGUAUCUAAGCAGGAACUCUGCCCAAGAAGGCCCUUAGAAGAUACAGUUAGGCCUGCACCCCCGAGCAGCACCAGUGGAUAUUUCCAGACAACACCUGCACCUGCUGUCACAUCCUCUGCCACCUCCUCUGCUGUUUUCAGGUCCUCUUCUAGGCCUACCAAGGGCACACGGCAAUUUAACAGAACUAGACUAAAACCCACCUCCAGAAUACCAGGUGGUAACCCUUACAACUAUGGCCCCAUUAUUGCUUUUCAAACAAAAUCUCCUGUGCCUUUGGACUGCCCCACUACCUGCACAUGCAACCUGCAGAUAUCUGAAAUCGGGCUAAAUGUCAACUGCCAAGAGAGAAAGAUUGAAAGCAUUUCUGAUCUAAAACCGAAGCCAUACAAUCCUAAAAAAAUGUAUCUCACUGGAAAUUAUAUCCCUGUGGUACGCAGAUCAGAUUUUGUUGAUGCCACUGGACUUGAUUUGCUUCACCUGGGAAACAACAGGAUAACACUGAUCCACGACCGGGCUUUUGGGGAUUUAACCAAUCUGCGUAGGCUGUAUUUGAAUGGUAAUCUCAUGGACAGGCUUACAGGAGAAAUGUUUUUUGGUCUGCAGAACUUGCAGUAUCUUUAUUUAGAAUACAACAAAAUCAAGGAGGUUGAUGAGGGCGCUUUUCGCUACCUCCCUAAUCUCCAGCUGCUUUUCCUCAACAAUAACCUCCUGAAAACCUUACCUGUGGGCAUCUUUUCCAGCCUCUCCCUGUCUAGGCUUAACCUGCGCAACAACUAUUUCCAUAACCUGCCUGUGAGUGGGGUGUUAGAUCAACUUAAGCAGCUGUUGCAGAUAGAUCUCUUUGAAAACCCCUGGGACUGCUCUUGUGACAUAGUGGGGAUGAAGAUAUGGCUGGAGAAGCUCAGUGCCGGCACUGUGGUGAACGAAGUUGUGUGUGAGACACCCAAACGCCACACUGGAAUGGAACUGCGCUCAAUUGAGUCAGAGCAGCUCUGCCCGGACUACUCUGACGCAUCUGUCGCACCAACUUCCCCCACAGAUGAGCCCAUGGAUGAGCGAGUCGCCGCCACCACCACCACCGCGCCACAGAAGUUCAACACCCCAAGCAGCACUGUUCCGCUCUCUGUCCUCAUCCUCAGCCUCCUGCUUGUUUUCAUCAUGUCCGUCUUUGUGGCUGCGGGACUUUUUGUCGUAGUGAUGAAAAAGCGCAAAAAGUCACAGAGCGAUCGCACGAGCACCAACAACUCAGAUGUCAGCUCUUUUAACUUGCAGUACAGCCUCUACAGCAACCGCUCUGGCCCCAAAGUUAAGGCACCAGCCGGCCAUGUGUAUGAGUACAUUCCCCAUCCCAUGGGCCACAUGUGCAAAAACCCCAUUUACAGGUCACGGGAAGGAAACACGGUGGAGGAUUAUCACGACCUCCAUGAGCUCAAGGUCACAUACAGGAGUACCCCAGAUGAGGAGAGGGACAACAGGAGCCCGGCAUACAGUGUGAGCACUAUUGAGCCACGUGAAAAUCCCUCUCCUGUCCAGGACGCAGACCAUUUCUUCAGAGGCAUCCUUGAGCCGGAUAAGCAGUCCCCCCAUCAGUCCAUCCCCUCCAUCCCAGCAGGGGCCAAUUUAGAGUACAAGUACACAGGGCCUGUGUCGUACACAUACAACCCAAAUUUUGAUGUCAGACGUCAGUUCUUACACCCGGAGAGGAUAAGAGAAACGGUGCUCUACGGCACAGCACCCAGUACUGUUUAUGUCGAGCCCAACAGAAAUGAGUAUUUGGAGCUUAAAGCUAAACUGCAGUCUGAGCCUGAUUACCUCGAAGUUCUUGAGAAACAGACCACCUUUAGCCAAUUCUGAGCAACAGUCAUUAAAGUCAUGACGCA